AGUGGAUUGAAUCCUGUGAGAACGGCAGGCGGCUGACAAGGAACGCUCCGCUGCUUUUCCUUUAUGACUCCUCAGCACUCUAUCAGGCUCACUCACGUCCACACUGCAGGAAAGAUGACAGAUAAUCAGCUUUUGGGAAGAAGGUGCUGAAAAGCUGCAACAGGAUUUGAACACCUAUUACUUGAGAGGAGCCAUUCACAUAUUCUGCUGGUGACAUCAUCAUGUUGUGCGUCGGGGGGCUAUGGUGAGGCCAUGUACUCGGGCCCGUGUGAGGACAGAUGGACCAGCAUCACCACGAGAAGAAGAUCUAAAGGUGGCGUCCUUCUGCCAUGGCUAUGCAUCCUGUUGUUUUCCACGUCUCUGUGGGGCCAAGCCUCCCCCCAGUGUCCAGCCAGCUGCCACUGUGCCUGGGACACGUCCACUGUGCUCUGCUCGGACGCCGGCCUGCAGGAGAUCCCUCAGGGGAUCCCGCCGGACACCGUCUCUCUCCAUUUGGAGCGCAACAACAUCCGCAGCAUUCCCGAGAGUGCCUUCAGUGAGCUGGUCCACCUGCGGGACCUCUACUUGUCCCACAACCACAUUGACACGCUGUCCUCUGGCGCCCUGCGGCAUCUGGGACCGGAGCUCCGCCUCCUCGACCUGUCGCAUAACCAGCUGAGACAAGCCAGCAGGGAUGAGUUCGGGUCAACGCAAGCAAAGACCCGCCUCUAUCACAACCCUUGGCACUGCGACUGCACCCUGCAGGAGCUCAUGGAGACGCUCAACUUGGAACCCGAGACGGUCAAUGGUAUCGUUUGCGAGAGUUCCGUUCGGGGGCUUGGCGAGUCCAGUAGGUGGGAAGAGCUGGGGGGGCUCGGAGAACACGCCGGACAGCCUCUGGUCAGGCUCUUGGACUCUGGGGUGAAUUUCUGCAGCCUGCAUAGGAAAACCACCGACGUGGCCAUGCUGGUCACCAUGUUUGUGUGGUUCUUCAUGGUGAUUGUGUAUGUGGUCUACUACGUCAGGCAGAACCAGGCCGAGGCCCGCAGGCAUUUGGAGUACCUGAAGAGCUUACCCAGCCCGCGCAAGACCCCCACGGAGACAGACACCCUCAGCACUGGUUUCUGAACCCCUGGUGUCCGAUAUCCAGAGAUAUGAAACUGGUUUACCCACUGGUGCUCCUCCACUGGAAAGCAAAGGUAGAAGACAACCAAAUAGGAACUGUAGCGCUCUUGAAGCUCUCCUUAUAGGACUCCUUGAUCACGUGACUCUUGAGAAAGGAGGUUGGUCAUCAUGUCCACAGAAGUUCAGUUUAUGUGAUCAAGACAAGGAUAUUUGUACCCAGAUCAUCUUUUUAUAUUUAUUCACUGAGCAUGUGACUUAGUAUUUUAUUUCAAUGUUUAUUUUACUAUUGAGCAUAUGAGUUUAAACAAGGUUUUUUAUGUUUUAUAUUUAUUAUUUUUGUAUUUGCGUUGAUUUUACAGGUGAUUGGUUUAAUUUAGAAAAUACUUGAACAAGUGAUUUUUUAAAAUUCAUUACAUUAUUUAUUAAUUCUGUUAUUUCUGCUUUUAUAUUUGUAUUAGUUUUUAUUAUUUGUUUAUAUUUUAAUUGACUGAUAGCAGUUCAUUUGUGUUUUAUUUAAUCAAAUGUUUUUGUUUUAGUUCUAUUUUAAUGAUUUAAUUUCGGAAUUGUUAUUAUCACUCUUUUUAAUUAUUACUAUGUUUUAUUGAUUGAACAAGAAAUGUAUUGUUUUAGUAAAAUGUUUAAUUUAGUGACUAAGCAAGUGUUUUUUUUUAUUAUAAUUUUACCGGUAAUUAAAAAAAUUAUUAGCAUUUUUAUUAUUUAAAAAGAAAUUUAUUGAUUAACAUUUUAAUUAAUUUAGCUUUUAUAAUGUUUAAUUUACUGACUGAGCAAGUGUUUUU